AUGAAUCAAUCUUUAUCAUAUCGAGAAAUUCAUUCGUUUAAUAAUAUUAAUCUUUAUCAAAAAUAUGAAAUAUGCCGUCAACAAUCACAAUGUUAUCUACUUAUUCCACCACCACAACCACCAAUAUUUCCAAAACUUAUUCUUAAUAAUUCAUCAUCUAUAUUAAUAAAUUAUCGACAACAUACACAAUCAUUUUUUAUUAUUCUGAGUAUAUUUAUUGCUUUAAUUUCUCUUUGUCUACUUGUAUUUUUAUUCGGUAUUAUUUUUCAAUUUUAUCGUAAAUUACGACAACGUCAUCAUCAAACAAAACAUAAUAAUAUUAAUGAUGGAUCAAUAUCAUUUUCGAGGAUUGUUCCAACAUCAUAUAAUUCUUUAACACCCUUAACUACUACAACAAAUCAAUCACCAUCAUCAACAAUGACAAACAUAUUGAAUCAAAGUCUUCAACAAAAUUUACCAUUCAAUGAUCAAUCAUCUUAUCAUAAUCAUACAACAAAUACCCAUGAAAAGAUUCAAUUAUCAUCAGAUCAUCAUUAUUGUUCUUGUUGUUUUUAUGUUCAAGCAUACUAUAAACAACAACAACAAUAUAUUUCUACUACAGAACAAUUGAUGCCAUAUUAUUAUACAUGUCAAUCAUCGCCAUCGAAAAUCGUUUGUCAAAAUCGUUUAUUAGAAACUUUACAUCGUAAACAAAACUGUUUUUGUCAUAAUUUCUUUGUACCAAUUAAAUAG